AGCAGCAGAACUGGCAACCGUAAUUAGCUGGUCAUGUGCAGCUGAUGUGCACUUUCACACUUUGCACACGACCCUCGUACUUGACGGAGCAGGGACCUGACUGAGCGGAUCCACGCCACGAGGGAGAUAACCAUCAUAUUCCCCCUGAGAAGCAUUUUAAAGGUGAACCAUAAUGGACGACUGGGAAGGAAUGGAAACUACUGCACUAACCAGCCCUGCAAGUGAAGGCACACACGGCGACUCCUGGAACAAUGACCUUAGCAAAUUUGGAAGGGGUCGUGCAGGCAGAGGAUUUAAAACCUCAUUCUCAGGGCGCGGCAGAGGCUUUGACGGGACGGAUCGCAGUGAAUUGGAUGGAGGCGAUGAUGGAGUGUGUGAAAAUGGGUUCAUGGGAGGAAGCAGAGGAGGAGGAAGAGGCAGCAGAGGAGGCUUCAGAUCAGGUGGUGACCAGGGUGCCAGAGGAGACUUCGGAGGAGGCUACCGUGGGAAAGAUGAGGAGGUCUUUGCUCAAGGGGAAGAUAAAGAUCCACAAAGAAAAGGUGAAAGUGAAGGUGAAAGACCCAAGGUCACAUAUAUUCCCCCAACACUCCCUGAAGAUGAAGAAUCCAUUUUUGCCCACUAUGAGAAAGGCAUCAACUUUGACAAGUAUGAUGACAUCAUGGUGGAUGUCAGUGGAAUCAACCCACCACAUGCUAUCAUGACUUUUGAAGAGGCGGCAUUGUGUGAGUCCCUGAGGAGAAAUGUCAGCAAGACUGGUUAUGUGAAGCCAACCCCUGUGCAGAAGCACGGCAUCCCGAUCAUCACUGCUGGCAGAGAUCUCAUGGCCUGUGCCCAGACUGGAUCUGGUAAAACGGCUGCGUUCCUACUCCCUAUUCUGCAGCAGCUGAUGGCAGACGGUGUGGCAGCCAGCUCCUUCAGUGAGCUGCAGGAGCCUGAAGCCAUCAUUGUGGCUCCAACCAGGGAGCUCAUCCACCAGAUUUACCAGGAGGCCAGGAAGUUUGCCUUUGGGACAUGUGUGCGUCCAGUUGUGGUUUAUGGUGGAGUCAGCACUGGACACCAAAUAAGAGACAUCUUAAGAGGGUGCAAUGUGCUAUGUGGAACACCAGGGAGACUGUUGGAUAUGAUUGGAAGAGGAAAGGUUGGGUGUAGUAAGCUGCGGUACUUGGUGCUGGAUGAGGCUGACCGGAUGUUGGAUAUGGGUUUUGAGCCUGACAUGCGCCGCUUGGUGGCCUCCCCUGGAAUACCAUCAAAAGAGAACCGCCAGACUUUGAUGUUCAGUGCCACCUACCCUGAGGACAUUCAGAGGAUGGCGGCCGACUUCCUCAAGACGGACUAUUUGUUCUUGGCUGUGGGUGUGGUGGGCGGAGCCUGCAGUGAUGUGGAGCAGACGUUUGUCCAAGUCACCAAGUUCGCUAAGAGGGAAAAGCUCCUUGACCUCCUCCAGACUACUGGAACGGAACGCACCCUGGUUUUUGUGGAGACCAAGAGACAAGCCGAUUUCAUUGCCACUUACUUGUGCCAGGAGAAGGUUCGGACUACCAGCAUUCAUGGUGAUCGUGAGCAGCAGGAGAGAGAGCAGGCUCUGGCGGACUUCCGCUCUGGCAAAUGUCCAGUCCUGGUGGCAACCUCUGUAGCUGCGCGUGGUCUGGAUAUUCCAGAUGUAAAUCAUGUGGUCAACUUUGACCUCCCCCACAACAUUGACGAAUAUGUCCACCGUAUUGGGAGAACUGGCCGCUGUGGUAACAUUGGGAGGGCGGUUUCGUUCUAUGACCCUGAUGCUGAUGGCCAAUUGUCCCGCUCUCUCCUCACAGUCCUGUCCAAGGCCCAGCAGGAAGUGCCCUCAUGGUUGGAAGAGUCGGCGUUCAGCUGCUCUGGAGCCGCAGGCUUCAACCCCCCGAGGAAGAGCUUUGCCGCCACAGACUCCAGGAAGGGAGGAUCUUUCCAUGACAACAGUACGAGUAGCCAGCCGGCUGUUCCUCAGACUGCAGAUGAAGAAGAAUGGGAAUAGACUAUUAGAGCAACACUCCCACACAGCAUUGACCGGAGUUAUUUUCUUUUCAGGUGUUCAGCUUGUUUUAGUUUAUCAAGUGUUUUUGUUUGAAGGAAGAAAAAAAAAAUCAGAUUUGUUGGACCAAAUGUUUAAAAAUGUUAAGCGGGAAGCCAGUUAUUUUGUAUGAUGUGGCAACUUAACAGAGUUCACUGACAUAUUGUGGAUACUUUUUUAUUUUUAAAAUAUGGGCGUUUAACAUAGUUAAUAAGAAACAAUGGCUCAGACAUUCAAAACUUAGGGAUGUCAUAUUCCAACUAUAUUUUGUUCCUUGCUCUGAUAAAGAACCAAUAAAUAAAUAUUUGUUCAAAGCAAA